GGGCGUCUCAAACCGAAGCCGCUAAACGGAACCCAGCCGUCGUGCGUGGGGUUUGGUCUCCGUGGGGUGUACAUUUUCAUUCAGUGCCACGGUGCCAAUUUAACUAACAAGUGCUUUCGCGCGAGACCUAUUGGACACCUAUUGGACAGGGCGGAGACGUCAUUCAAGCCGUCGGCACACUGCCGCGCAGGAAUAAUCGGUGCCGGAUGAGUGAAAACACCCGUGUGUGUGUUUUUUUGGGGGGGGGAACCAUUGGUGGACACGUCUCCAACUAAUUAGGAAAACAAUUGUCCACGCCCCUCACUCACCCAUUCCUCCCCUUCCCCCUCCUCCCUCCACUAUCCGAUACCGAAGCAGCUUUCAGGGACGCUGCUGCAGCCGUAUCAGCCUGUGUCAGGAGUUUCCACUAGUGCAGCAUUGGAUGCCGCCGAGGCUACUAGUGCUGCUAGCACCAACUACUGCCUCAUUGCACACUACUAUUAUUGUUCAAGAAGACAUCAUGGCAUCCACCCGGCAGUGGCUACUGGUCAGUUUUGCGCUUUUGUGUGUUUGUGGAGCCGCUGAAUCUAAAAGGAGCGUCAAAUGUCCUUCAGGAUGCUCCUGCACCAAAGAGACCAUCAUCUGCGUCGGCACGUUGCAGAUCCCACGGACUAUACCGAACGAGAUCAACUCACUGAGCGUGGUGAAUGGAUCUAUUUCUGAAAUUACAGAAGGGAUGUUUUCACUCAUGCCUUCUCUACAGCUGCUACUUCUAAAUGCAAAUUCUUUGACAACAAUCAAAGAUGAUGCGUUCGCUGGCCUUCCACAUCUAGAAUAUUUGUUCAUUGAAGGGAACAAGAUUGAAUUGAUCAGCAAAAAUGCCUUUCGCGGACUGCGAGAUCUGACUCAUCUAUCGCUUGCCAAUAACAAGAUGAGGUUUCUGCCAAGAAAUCUGUUUUUUGACUUGGAUUCUUUGCUGGAACUGGAUCUGAGAGGCAACUCUUUCCAGUGCAUUUGUGAGAACAAGUGGCUGAUGAUGUGGCUGAAAAACACAAAUGCCACAGUAUCAGAUGUCUUCUGCGCAGGCCCCAGUGACAUGAAGGGCAAGCGGCUCAACGACCUUCCUAUUCCACCGGGAGAGUGUAUCUCCACAGACUUUGUGCGUCAUCAGUCCAUUCCCAUUCAGUCCAUGUCGGCGGACAUCUUCGCCUUUAAAGAGGACAUCUUUGUCGCGAUGGCUGCCCCUAACUCCAACAGCUGUGUGGUCAUGGAGUGGGAUCACAUUGAAAUGAAUUUCCGAAAAUUUGACAACAUAACAGGCAAGUCUGUUGUCGGCUGCAAGUCGGUUCUGAUAGACGACCACGUCUUGAUAAUUGUUACUCAGCUCUUUGGUGGCUCCCAUAUAUACAAGUUUGACAAUCGGCAGAACAAGUUCACUAAGUUUCAAACCAUUGAGGUCUUCAACAUCUCAAAGCCAAACGAUAUUGAGGUUUUCCAAAUAAACCGUGAGUGGUACUUUGUGAUUGUGGACAGCUCCAAGUCAGGUUUAUCUACUCUGUACAAGUGGACGGACCAACCAGAGCGCAAUCAAACGGGUUUCUACUCCUACCAGUUUCUGCACGAGUGGUUUCGUGAUACAGAUGCAGAGUUUGUCGAGUUGGACGGGAAAUCCUAUCUUAUCUUGACCUGUCGCUCUCAGUCCCCCGUCAUCUACCUGUGGAACAAGAGCACCCUGAAGUUCAUAUUCCACAGUGAAAUCCCAAAUGUGGCUGACGUGGUGGCAGUAAAAGCCUUCCGGUUGGGGGAUGAGUUGUACCUGGCCAUGACUUGCUACAUCGGUGACUCCAAAGUCCUCAAGUGGACCAACAAGCAGUUCACUGAGGUGCAGGCCCUACCUUCUAGAGGAGCGAUGAUACUCCAACCUUUCACCUUUGCAGACAAGCACUACCUGGCUCUUGGCAGUGAUUUUUCUUUCACACAAAUCUACCUCUGGGAUGUGGAGACCAAAACGUUCCACAAGUUCAAGGACAUUUAUGUGCAGUCGCCGCGGUCCUUCACAGCAGUGACCACUGACCGGAGGAAUUUCAUAUUCUCCUCCAGCUUUAAGGGAAAAUCCAUGGUGUUUGAGAAUGUUAUUGUUGAUUUAAGUUUAUAAUUUGACAGCUGCGAUAAAUUAUUUUUGCUGUACUCAGAUAAGAAAUUGCGUUUAUGGUGCUAGUGAGUCUUCCUUCUGCAAAUAGACUUAUCUUUAUUUAAGAAAAACGUCUUCGGCAAGUUCAUAGGCGUUUCUAGCAAUUAUGAAGGUACAGGUCCAAAAAAAUAAACUUAAGGCUUUAAGGAAAAAAUAUAUAUAAUGAAAAAAGCACUAAUAUAAUGUUAUGGCAUACCAUGUAUCGUCUCCAGAGAUUUUGGCUUUAAUCGUGAUUCUGUCACACAAACAAAGGCCGAUGUCAGGCCACACUCUUUUUUUGGAAGAUAUUCAUGGCAUUGCACUCAGCAAAUAACAUAAGAAAAAAAAUCAAAAACCCUCCUCACGUUCUCACUUCCUUUCAACUGGCAAGAUUGGUUGUAAAGUGGGUGUGAUGUUGUUGGAUUGUAUGUUUUUGGAGAUUACAGAAAUCUUUGGGUGUAGCCCGAAAAAAAAUAAGUAGAAGGGUGGACUGAAACGCACUGAAAUGAUUUUGUUUUGUACAAUUAGAGCAGCUGUCGAAAUGUUAAAGCCACUCACCCCGGUAACUUUCAUGAUUUUAAUGUGCAUGGAAUAGAGGGUUUCUUCUGAAUGUUUUAGCUACAUAUAAUGAGCUUGAGGCUAACUGCACUAUAUAUAUAACAAACUUCUGUAUUAACAUAGUGCCUAAUUAGUGUCACAACUAAUAAUAAUUUAAUAUGUUGUCCUAGGACACAAAUGUGUUUUCUUUCAGCGUUUUUCAUGUUUCCUGUAUUAAUACAGAAAUAGUAGUGUGUUCAGCUAACCUUUUCUCACACGGCAAUGGCAUGAUGUGCAAUUAGGGAUGGCUCUCUAUAAACAAGUCCCAGAAUCUUGACAAGAUCUAACAUAAACCUGCUGUUUUUGUGAGCUGAAUCUUGGAAAAAAAACAUUUCCCAAAUGUAUUCUUCCUCAUGUCCUUUCUAGCAAUAAUAGGUAUGUUUCAAUAAACAACAGCUACACUGACAUUCUUAUGUUUUUGUAAAUGCAUUAAAAAACAUAUAAUCACAAA